AUGUCCCGUCCCUUGCAGCGUCGCCCCCAACAUGUGCCGAAACGGCCCGGCGCGACCGUCAUUCGCCGACCCGCAGCGAACGGACACGGUCCCGGUGCAAUCUCGCGCGGUACUGCCACUCCAAACGCAAAGAACGACGAGGGGUUCCUGUACGUCGCGGGUGUCAAGGACCCCAGCAAGCGCAUGGUCGAGUACUGGAAUGAGAGCGACACGUGCCCCUCGUGCCAGACGGACCGGCAGUUCGAGAAAGGCUUGCGCCUGCUUGUCUCGCCUUGCUAUCACAAGCUGUGCACUGCAUGCAUCGACCGGCUCUUCACCCUCGGCCCCGAGACGUGCCCAUCAACCAACUGCACCAAGGUACUGCGCAAGGCCAACUUUGCCCACCAGACGUUUGAGGACCUCAAAGUUGAGAAGGAGGUGUCGGUGCGCCGGCGCAUCAACGAGAUCUACAAUAAGCGGGAAGCCGACUUUCCAACCCGGCGCGCAUACGACGACUACCUCCAAGAGGUGGAGGAUAUUACGUUCAACCUGUUAAACGAAGUCGACGUUUCCGCGACAGAGGCCAAGAUUGCCGCGUAUCAGAACGAGAAUGCGAGCCUGAUCACGACGAACAAGCACAAGGCGGCUAUGGAGAGCAUGUCCGCCGCCGAGCGGGACGAGGUCGAGAAACGUGCGCGGGCCGAACGUGCACGCAUGAUCGAGGAGGCGGAACGUGUUGAGCGUGCCGAGGACGAGCGGGUCAAGGCUGAGAUUGUCGACGCGCUUUCUAGGCAGGAAGGCGGCGAGGCCCUGGCCAAGGAGAUCCGCGGACGGCAUGCGCGUGCGAAAUCGGCGCGCGCGGCUGCACUUGCGGCUGCCGUGCCUCCCAGUUUGGCGCUUUUGGCCAAGGACGAGGGUCCCGCUCAUUCGCCCAACUCGCCGGCUUAUGCUGGGCCAUAUGUCCCCAUUCCGUACAACGACCCCGAUACAGCACCCUGGGCCGAGUGGUACAACCUCCGUGACGAGUAUGCCGACGGGCGAGCCGGCGUCGUCAAGGCGCGCGAGGAUAAGGAGAAGACGUACCGCGCUGGCGGGUGGGAUGUGCGCGAGUACUGGGAGCUCGAGGUGCGAUGUGCCAUCGAGUCGCUGUGCAUCGAGCCGCUCGAGUAG